GCCCGAGUUAUAUAUAAGAAGAAAAUAAAGAGAGUUAAAACAGAAUAUUAGAGCCUAGUUUAAUUACGAGUUCUCCUCACCAACCAUCCAACUAGGAUUAAUCUAACAGGUUGUGGGCCAGCUCGCUGGAAUAGAGGAAGAACCGAGAAGAAGACGACUCAGAAGUUUUUAUUUUUAUCUUUGUUCAGAGGAAAAUAAAUCAGACGUAUCAGAGGUCUAGAGGACAAAUUUCAGAAGAAAACAGGAAAAGAACAUCAGAAGCGUUAUGUCUGAUUGGAGUCUUUCAGACCCAUUACCAUCAAAUGAGAAAGAGGUGGCCAACGAAGGCAACGAAAAUCAAGUGGACGAUCAUUUGAAUAUCCACCAAGAUUCAGAUAUAGAAGGGUAUACACCCCCGGGUACACCCCCAAAAAGAGAUAUGGAGGGAAAGUCUCAACCUACUGACUCACAAAUGGAGUGGAGAAUGGAUAAUCUGGAGAAUGCUCUCGAGAGACACUCCGAUAUACUCGACAAUCAUGCUGAAAUAAUCAGAGAUCAAACAGUAGCCAUACUCGAUAUGAAGGAAAAUAUUGACAACCUAAACACCGUCAUACAGAAACUCACAGAACAAAUAGGAAAAUUAACUUCAGAGACGGAACAAGCGCAUUAGGCGACCUCAGCAGAGCUUGUAAUGAACUCAGACGAUCUAUUGCCCUAAACGCAACUAAUUCAAAAAUAAACAUAAAGAGAAAUUAUAAAUUAACAAAAAAAGUACCACUUAACAUUUGGUUAGACAAUAUAAAUGCUGAAUUAAAAGCUAAUAAUCUUGCAGACAUACUUGACGAUUCUCAACAAUCAGACGUUUCAGAGACAGUAAUAGAAAGACAAAACAGAAAAGACCAAGUCAGAGACAUUCUAAUAAGUCGCGUAGAUGAUUAUUACCAUAAUAAGAUUUUACAAAUAAAAGACCCAUUAGAAAUAGUGAUUAAAAUCAAAGAGUUCAGACGAGCAGAGGCCAAUGUUACCGAUUCUUCAGUCAGAGAAAAAUUAUAUAGUCUCAAAAUGAACAAUAGAGAAUCAGUAAACGAAUUUUGCGAUCGUUUUGACUCUAUUAUCAGAGAUUUUGAAAAUUGUAUUACCAAAACACCUCUGACGGAGGAAGAGAUAAGAUCGGCCUUCUUUCAAGCUGUUAGUAUAAAAUUUAAAGAAAUCAGAUGGGCCAAUAUUAUCAGACUUCAAGCAACCAAAUCAGAGAUGAGCCUUGAUGACAUAAAAACUUUGAUACUACAGCUGGAAUCAGACAGACGCAAAUCAGACGGUCAGCCUUCAGACGACAGGCAAAAAAUUGCAGCUAAACAGGCGAUAAUCACAGACAAGUGUUAUCGCUGCAAUAAGGUGGGACACAGAG